AAUAUGCUUCCGCUAUGCUAAAUGGAGUAACAACAUCAGUAAUUCCAAGAAGUUACAACUUUCUUUUGGUCGAUCGCCCAUUUCCUCUCUUGAUCCCAGGUGUUAACGAACGAUGGUCGGGACUUUUGGGUGGCGCUCUCUACAAGUAUCGGCUAACGGCCAAACCAAUGGAUGGUGGAGAACCAGGUUAUGCUGACGUAAUGAUUGAAACAAAUACUCCUCCAGUCAAGGGAGAACUUGAGGUGGAGCCAACGUCUGGAAAUGCUUUAACCACGAGCUUUACGCUUGAUGCUACAGAAGGCUGGCGAGAUUCUCCACAAGAUUAUUCACUGACAUAUACAUUUUAUUAUCUACUCACUAGCAGUGACAUCAACACUCGUAUCAUUAGUGUUAGAGGAGCGCCACCUGUUGUGAACAUUAUGCUAGGAAUGAAUGCUAUGGUAAUCUCAACUUAUCCCACUACAUCAGAUGUAGAACUUAUAUUUCAUUCUAUAAACCUGUACCUGAGUGGAAUCUGUCAAUAUCUGGUAGUAGGAGAAGAUCCCGUCACCAUCUGGACCAGUCUUGCUGCUCUCCGUGUUGAAAAGAUGGAGUUCGACACACUGGAUGGACAGAGACUGACCUUAGCUUCCGUAAACACUAACCAAAGUAAUCAAUUGAUACUUCUUGGAAAUGACAUCAUCCAUACCUAUCGUACGUGGUCAUGUGACUCGGGCACGUGUUACGGCGCAUGCGUUGGUUCAGCAGAGGUCGCUCUAGCCCCAGCAGCUGUAAUUGGAGGAAGUGUCCUCUUGGGACCUUUGACACAGAUCCAACUUUUUAAUCCAAAAACUGGUCAACCGAUGAUUGUACAAGACCUAACAUCACCAGUGACUGUAACAGUACCAGUUGAAAAUGUUGACAUUGGAAGUGGCCAAGUUAUACAGUGUGGAAUUUUCCAUCUCACAACCAGAAGCUGGAAUACUGACAUUUGUGUUGCAACCAAUCUUAAUAUAAACACUGGAAUACUAACUUGUGAAUGCUCUGCACUGGGUUAUGUUGGGGCCAUUGUUAUAGAAGCAGAAGUAGCAACAACGACACUGGAGCCAACUACUACAACUGAAGUACCAACAACAACACUGGAGCCAAAUACUACUACUGAAGUACCAACAACGACUGCAGAGCCUACUACAACAGAAGUACCAAAAACGACAGUGGAGCCUACUACUACUGAAGUACCAACAACGACACUGGAGCCAACUACUAUUACUGAAGUACCAACAACGACUGUAGAGCCUACUACAACUGAAGUACUAACAACAACACUGGAGCCAACUACUACUACUGAAGUACCAACAACGGCACUGGAGCCAACUUCUACAACUGAAGUACCAACAACGACACUGGAGCAAACUACUACUACUGAAGUACCAACAACGACAGUAGCGCCUACUACUACUGAAGUGCUAACAACGAGAGUAGAGCCUACUACUACUGAAGUACCAACAACGACUGUAGAGCCUACUACUACUGAAGUACCCACAACAACAGAAGUGCCAACAACGACGGUAGAGCCUACUACUACGGAAGUACCAACAACGACAGUAGAGCCUACUACUACUGAAGUACCAACAACGACUGUAGAGACUACUACUACUAAAGUAUCAACAACGACUGUAGAGCCUACUACUAAUGAAGUGCUAACAACGACAGUAGAGCCUACUGCUACCGAAGUACCAACAAUGACAGUAGAGCCUACUACUACUGAAGUGCCAACAACGACAGUAGAGCCUACUACUACCAAAGUACCAACAACGACAGUAGAGCUUACUACUACUGAAGUGCCAACAACGACAGUAGAGCUUACUACUACUGAAGUAACAAAAACGACAGGAGAGCCUACUACUACCAAAGUACCAACAACGACAGUAGAGCUUACUACUACUGAAGUGCCAACAACGACAGUAGAGCCUACUACUACCGAAGUAACAACAACGACAGUAGAGCUUACUACUACUGAAGUACCAGCUAUGACAAUGGAGCCUACUACUAAUGAAGUAACCACAACAACAGAAGUAUCCACAACGACUGUAGAGCCUACUACAACAGAAGUACCAACAACAAUAGUGAAGGCUACUACUACUGAAGUACCCACAACAACAGAAGUACCCAGAAUGACUGUAGAGCCUACUACAACAGAUGUACCAACAACAAUAGUGAAGGCUACUACUACUGAAGUACCCACAAUAACAGAAGUACCAACAACGACUGUAGAGCCUACUACUACCGAAGUACCAACAACGACUGUAGAGCCUACUACUACUAAAGUACCCACAACAACAGAAGUACCAACAACGACUGUAGAGCCUACUACUACUGAAGUACCCACAACAACAGAAGUACCAACAACGACUGUAGAGCCUACUACUACUGAAGUACCCACAACAACAGAAGUACCAAUAACGACUGUUAGAGCUACAAAGAUAGUACCUUUCAGGCUGGUCCUUCCAGUUCUGGUCAAGAUGAAUCACAGCUACACUACUCUAGUAGAAGGAAAAGAAACUUCUUUCGUUGACCACAUAGCCAGACAAUUGGCCAUAGUUCUUCGAACUUCGCUUAGACGGAUGCACGAGACGUCAGUUUGGUCAGAUGAAGGAGGGACCAUGUUUUCCUUUACAUUGUGGAGCGAGGAAGAUCCAACUGAGGCUGCACAACAGGAAUUACGGAACGCUGUGGAAAAUUUAAUCCAGAAACAUAAAGAAGGGAUGCUAACUCUCUAUGAUCCAGUUGGAAAUAUAUUAGACGUAGACUAUAUCAUGUAUAACUACAUCACAACAACUUCAGCCAAUCCCCGAGAGUUUGAAAAACUGCUUGACGCUUCGACAACAUCUGAACUGCUAACAACAAUGAUUGUCCAACCAUUAGAAGCUCCACAGCCAAUCACAGCUCAAUUUGCUGACAGCCUUGACAACGUUCUUAUAACUCUCUCUGACAGUCUUCGUCCUGAGGGAUUGGUCAACUGUAGUGACGUGUUUAAUGAGACAAGUCUGGAAUUACUGGGAGAAGAUCCUACGUGUGUCAGUAUAGCAAACACUCUGACAGUCCAGCUUGGACGAAAACCCGACCUAAUACCCGGUGAUUCACUAACAUUUCUGUCUGGUAACGGACUGUACAACCGAGAUGUGCCUUCAGAGUUAGGAUCAGAGGUUACCGGAAGAGUUACAGUAGAAGAAGCUUUCACUCCGUUCACUCCAUACUUCAAAUUGUAUGGUCCGAGAGAAGUUUGUGAAAGUAAUGUAAACGUUACUAUUGUUGACGUCACAGCUGACGCUUGUUUCGAAAUGGACUACUUCUGGAGCAUUUUUCCAGCUGAUACAUCAGACCCAACAAUAUAUUACGGUCUCCAUGCACUGGAAAAAGAAAUAUCAGAACAGAACAGUGGUGGAAACUCGAAACUUUUGUCCUUUUCAAGUCAACAGCUAAAAGAGAACAUCGACUACGUUUUGAUGGUUUCAGCGACAAAUCGCUUUAGUUUAGAAUCCUUUCUGCCAUCUACUCACAGGGUAACACGUGUAAACAAACCAUUGGCUCUCACACUUAUAGCUCCUACUGUCGUUGACGCUCAACAUGACGCCACCUUUACAGUUAUUGUUUACUUGUGUGGAGAGUAUGAAAUGACAUCAUCAAGCCUUCAUUUCACGUGGUCAAUUACUCCUCCAGUUGUCGACUUGAGUGGAUUUACUGGUAGAACGUCCAUUAUCCCUAAAGGAUAUUUUAACUAUGGGAGUGAUUAUAUCAUUUCAGUGAAUGUGUCUGUAACCAGUGAUCGAAGUCAGUGGAGUGACGUAACCCAAACCAUUAGGGUUAAGAGAAUGAAUCUACAAGCCGUUAUUAGUUCAUCAAACCUUGUUGUUGGGGACGAAACACCCUUCAAACUAGAUGGCGCUCUAGCUUCUGAUCCGAGCAACGCUGCUGGUGAACUCCAGUUUUUAUGGUCUUGCACUGACCAGAUGACAACUGCAACAUCCUGUUUUGGCAACAGCAUGCUGGUUAAUGAUCAGAUCCUCAGAGUACCAGCAGGAGUACUUCUCCCUAACACAUAUUUUAUUACAUACAAAGUAUCCAAGGAUUCACGUAAGAUUGAAAGUCGAACUAUAGUAACUGUCCGCAAGGGGGAGCUACCUGUCGUCUAUCUCAAGAAACGAAAAGCUGGAUUGAUCAAUCCUAACGAAAGGCUUAUAGUGGAAGGAUAUGUUACCAGCCGUGCCAAUGUGACACUUAGAUGGGAGGUCAGGAGAGAAACUGAAUAUGCUGGUGCAUCCCUUCAUGGAGUGACGGCAUCAGUAAAGCCAAAAAAUUACAGCUUCUCAGUGGUCUAUCGUCCAUUUCCUCUGUAUAUCCCAGCCGCUAAUUACAACUGGAAGGGGCUUCUAGGUGGCGCCCUCUACAAGUUUCGAUUAACAGCAGAACCAUUGGAUGGUGGAGAACCAGGUUACGCAGAUGUUGUUAUAGAGACCAAUAAUCCCCCACUUGGAAGCACGUUGAAGGUGAACUAACAAAGUUACACUACAAUAGAUAUUGUUACAAGUUGUCUGUCAACUCUCACAAAGAAACACUUGGAAGUACACUCAAGGAUAACUAACAAAGUUACACUAAAUUAUGUAUUGUUACAAGUUGUCUGUCAACUCUCACAAAGAAACACUUGGAGGUACACUGAAGGUGAACUAACAAACUUACUCUAUAUUAGAUACUGUUGUAAUAAUGUUUAUGGGUCCUAUUAAUGUUGUAAUAUCCGUCUGACGUUAGUUGAGUUUCAAACACUUACUCCGUGCGAAUGUGAAUAAA